CACAGAGCAUCCUGAAACAACGCAGAGACCAGACUGCAAAGACACCUCCCUGCUUGGAGCUCAGUCAUCAUUAUGAACCCCAAAAUCUUAUAUAAAUACAGGGAAAUCAUUGAAAGAAGUAAUCUGGUCCAUUCAGGAUGUCCUGCUGUCUACCAGCUGAAACCAAAGAAAGAGGAGUUUGGAACUCUGACCAGAAUGACCGUUGGAGAAAAAAAUCUGGACAAGAAAAAUAAAACCAUCUUACUUGUUGGUGAAACAGGAGCAGGAAAAUCGACUCUGAUCAAUGCUCUGUUUAACUACAUCAUCGGAGUGAUGUGGGAGGAUGAAGUCUGGUUUCAGAUAUUAGAGGAGGAGAGGAAUGAAAAUCAGACAGAGAGUCAGACACCAGAUGUGAUCGUGUACGAGAUCUUUGGCUUUGAAGAUAAAACUCUGCCGUACUCUCUGACCAUCAUCGAUACUCCUGGAUUUGGAGACACAAGAGGAACUGAACGAGAUGAGAUCGUCAUUCGAAGAUUAUUUCAGUUGUUUGGAUCAGAGGAUGGAGUUCAUGAAGUUCAUGCAGUGGGUCUGGUGAUGAAGGCGAGUGAUAAUCGACUGAGUGACCGGCUGAGGUACAUCUUUGAUGCAAUGAUGUCACUGUUUGGAAAAGACGUUGAGAAAAACAUUGUAUCUCUUGUCACACACUCAGAUGGUGUGACACCUAAAAAUGUUCUCCAGGCUCUUGAAACUGCAAAAAUUAAAUGUGCCAAAAAUGACAGAAACCAGCCUGCUCACUUCCUGUUUAAUAACAGACAGAAUGACGAGAGAACAGAGGAAGAAGAGCUUGGUUUGAAGUUUGCAUGGCAAGUAACAGAGAAGGGAAUAAGGCAAUUUAAAGCCUUCAUAGAAAGAAUUCAACCUCAAAACACAAGGGAAACAGCUCAAGUCAUGAAGGAACGAAUGAGACUGACAGCCUGUAUCCAAAACCUUAAAGAGAGAAUCGAACUGGCUGAACUGAAACAGACAGAAAUCAGACAGAUUCGAGAAGGUCUGCAGAAACAUGAAGACGAGAUGAAGAGGAAUGAGAAUUUCACUGUAGAAAUUGAUGAGGUCUACAAAGAUAAACAACCCAUUGAUGGAGGGAUGUGGUUGUUGUUCUUUUAUCAAGGAGCUGUCUGCUGUACAGUCUGUGAGGAGAACUGUCACUAUCCUGGAUGCACAGUGACCUGGAAACCUGAACACUGUGAGGUCAUGAAACAUAGCCGCUGCACUGUUUGUACCAACAAGUGUCCUGCAUCAGAUCAUGUGAAAGAAGAGUGGAGAUAUGUGACCAAGACACGGAAAGUUCAGAAAACUGAGAAAGAAAUGAAAGUGAAGUAUGAGAAGAAUAAAUCAGAAAGUAUGAACAAGCUGAGUCUGUUGCAAAAUCUUGAAUGGGGAAUGAAACAGCUGACAGCAGAGAAGUCACUGUUCCUGGAGGAGUCCUACAAACAUGUUGUCAGACUGGAGCAGAUCGCUCUGAAAGCUGAUUCAGCAUCCACUAUUGUCCACCUGGACUUCCUGAUUGAGAAGAUGAAGGAGGAAGGAGACAAAGUGAAGGUCCAGAAACUGGAGGAGAUAAAAAGCAGAGAGGGUGAAGGAACCAGAUCAGUACUUCACUAUAUGUUUGUUAAAAUACCAGAAGCUGUUAAACAUUUUAAGAAAUGAUGUAAGAAAAGAAGGAGACUGAACAGAUAGACAACAAGAAUAUUUCAUUAUAAGGCUGACAGGCAAUCACUGACCUAUUGUGCCUUUCUCCUUGUCCAUUGUGUUAACCUGUAGUGUCACUGGAAUAUUAUGGUCAUGCU